AUGCUUCAAUCAAGCAGCGUUGUUUGUUUCUCAACCACUGCCCAUUCCUCCUCAUUCGCCCUCGCCCCACCUCAGGUGACGGACCGGUUUGUGCGGAAGAUGCUCGCAGAGGAAGCGAGCGAGAAGGAGCGGAAACGAGCUGGAAAGAAAGGGAAGGGCAGGGGGGGGCGCGGGGAGCAUGGCAGAAAUCAAGCGGGAGGAGGAAUGACAGGUGGAGGCAGCGUUUCGUCUGCACUGCUGCAUGCUCCCCCGCCGCUUCCUCCCAGCCUGAAUCCACUGGUGCAGCGAAGAAACGAAGAGCUGGCGGACUUGGAGAAGACUCUGGAGCAAGUGAAGUCUCUACGGGCCGACAUUGCUCGUGAGCGGCAGGAGGAGGCUGCCCGUGCCACCAACAUGGCGCAAGCACUGCAGGCACAGCAGUUCAGACCGCCAAGGCUCUCCUCCGCGCCGUGCCCCGCAACUCUCCGCGUCCGCGCAAACCUCCCCCCACGCGAUGUCCGCGCAAGCGCGUCCCCGCGCGUCGUCUCGAACGCACUCACGGCGCUUGAAGCACCCGUCAGCGCUUCGCCUGCAGCCGGAACUGCGGCGGCGAUUAACUCCGUGGUGCAGAAGAUGGAAACGAUGGGGUUGACGGAUACGAGCCUCGUCUCAACCAAUGAGCACAGAGCGUGGGUGGCAUCUGCCUGCGUGGCCCUCGGCGCACUGUUCGCUCGCGGCGUGGUCACCACAGUGGACGAUGCGAGUGUUACAGCCGUGCUGGGUGCAGUUGCGUCGGCCGCUGGGUCGUAUUUACUUGCUGAUUUUGGAACGGGCGUGUAUCAUUUUGGAGUGGAUAACUACGGGGACAGUUCGACGCCGAUUUUCGGGCCUCAAAUCGACGCGUUUCAGGGCCAUCACAAGCGGCCGUGGACGAUCACCAAGCGACAGUUCGCGAACAAUCUGCACGCGCUCGCGAAGCCGAUUCUUUUCUCCACGCUGCCAUUCAUUUUCGUGCUCCCGCAUUCGGCCGAGCAAGAUAUAUUCUUUAGUGUCUUCCUCGCCUCCGUUAUGUUCAGCCAGCUUUUCCACGCCUGGUCCCACACGCCCCGCGUCCUCCUCCCUCCAUUCGUCCCCAUUCUCCAAGACGCCGGCCUCUUAGUUUCCAGAAAAAUGCACGGCGCGCACCACCGUCCUCCUUAUAACGCCAAUUACUGCAUCGUCAGUGGAGCGUGCAACCCCCUUCUCGAUUCUAUUGGUUUCUUCUCCGGCCUGGAAAAGUUCAUCUUUCAAACGACCGGGGUUCCUUCCAGGUCUUGGAGUGAGACUGCACCUGAAUGGCUGGAAGAGGGUGGGUACUACGAGGAUGGGUCAGAUGAGCAAGCCCAUUUGCCUGGCCAUUGUCUUGCCAUGGCGUCCCUCACUGCCCAUGCCGCUGCUUCCGUCGCCUCAUACGCCUCGGCGUCGCGCACGGCUGCCACGUCAGCAGCCGCGCAGCAGACAACCAUGUCCUGCUCACUCCGCACCCUCCCCUCCUCCAUGUCCACGUCAUCAGCCGCUUCCAGCUCAGCCACCCCAUUCUUCCAGGGCGCUCGCCUCCCCUCUCUGAAAGCCACCACACGCGCCGCCGCAACUCCCGCCUCCAAAUCCGGCGCCGUGCAGGUCCGCGCAGGGGAGAUUAUCGAGGUGGAGCUGGAGCGGCCGUACGGCCUCAAAUUCUACCGCGGGGAGGACGGCGCGAUCUACAUCGACGCGCUGUACCCCGGGCAAUCCGGGUUAUUGAGCAAGCAGAUCCAGGAGGGCGACAAGGUGCUGGCGACGAGCGCCGUGUUCGGCGGCGAGAUGUGGCCCGCUGCGGAGUACAGCCGCGUCAUGUACACCGUCAGGCAGCGCGUCGGCACGCUUCUCGUCCGCCUCGAGAAAAUGGGAGGGCAAAAGAUUGGUCCGUGGAAGAAGGAUAAGUACCUGGAGGAGCGAGCGGCCGGCAACUACGGCGACGCCAUCCGCGAGAAGCAGAUGGAGAAUGCGGCGCUCCGACAAGAGCAGGCCGAAGAACGCGUCGCUGCUCUCGACAAAGGUCUCCAGCUCUACAAGGCGGGCAAGUACGAGGAGGCGAUGCAGAAGUUUCAGACGAUUAUCGGGCUGGUGCCGUCGUACCGGGAGGAGGCUGUGGCAUUCUACAACAUCGCCUGCUGCUGCUCCAAGCUCAAAAAGGUUGAGGGCGGCCUGCAGGCUCUAGAGGCGGCCAUGGAGGCAGGCUUCGAUGACUACAAGAAAAUCCGUCAAGACCCUGACCUGUCCUUCGUAAGAGACGAUGAUGAGUUCGAUGAGCUCAUGGACAGGUAUGAUGAGCCAAUCAUCAACGAGAAUGCCAUUAAGGCACUCACCAGUGUGUUCGGAUUCUUUGGCAAGAAAUAG